UACACACCUUACACACCUCAACAUUGUCACGGUGAAGUGACAAUUUGUUAUAUUUACGGAAAUAGCACGCUGUCUAAGGCUGUCUUAGGCAACCAUGUCACCCAGGAACUACGAUAGCACACGCUAGUCAUGUCUUUCCGUGUCCAGCCAUGGAAGUGAGAACAACUCCCGUUAACACACAGGCAGAUGACGUUCCGCUUUUCAUUUCUUUUAAACCUUUGUCUUGUUUAUUCGACUGUACUUGUAUCACCUGUAUAAUCAUAUUAAGUUUACAUAAUUCAUACGUGUUCGUUGGCUAUAGACCUCUGGCUGCCGUGUUGAGUAGUUUUGCUUGCGCUGAAAGGGUAAUAGUGGCAGUCUAGGCAGAGGGUCCUGCAUUGUAGCGUUAUCCCGGUCGGUUGGAACGCAAUUUCCGGCCUCUUACUUCCUAUUAGCCGUCUACGCCAGUUUACAGACAAGAACAUGUCAAGAAUAAAAACACGAGAGACAAUGAGAAUUUAAAUGGAGUUUUGGCGAAGAAUUGGACAAAGCAAUAUCCGAAUCAGUUUGGGCGAGCAGUACUACAGAGAUGCCAUGGAGCAGUGUCACAACUACAACGCCAGGCUGUGUGCAGAGCGGAGUGUGCGCAUGCCCUUCCUAGACUCCCAGACCGGUGUCGCCCAGAGCAACUGCUACAUCUGGAUGGAGAAGAGACACCGCGGGCCGGGCGUGGCCCCGGGACAGCUGUACACCUACCCCUCCAGACGCUGGAGGAAGAAGAGGAGAGCCCACCCCCCUGAGGACCCAAGGCUCAUCUUCCCUCCUCUGAAGUCAGUAGAGCUGGAGCUGGGCCUGAAGAAGGAGGGUGUGCUGAGCUCUGACGGCAGCAGCCUGGAGGCGCUACUGAAGGCCGAAGCCCCCGACAAGAGAGGGGCAGCUGAGGCCAGGCCCAGCGAGGAGGAGCCCAGCCUCAGUGACUACACCCCCGCCCCCGCGCCCAGCGCCCGAUCCAGAAGGAGAAUCCUAGAACCUGAUGACUACCUGGAUGACCUUGACGAUGAAGACUAUGAGGAAGAUACCCCCAAGAGAAGAGGCAAAGGCAAGGGAAAGGGUCGAGGGGCCAGCUCCAGUAGGAAGAAGCUGGACACGGCAGCGCUGGAGGACCGGGACAAGCCCUACGCCUGCGACAACUCUGUCAAACAAAAGCAUAUUUCAAAACCUUCUGAAAGAGUCUGUGGCAAGCGCUACAAGAACCGGCCUGGGCUGAGCUACCACUACGCCCACUCCCACCUGGCCCAGGAGGAGGGCGAGGACGCCGCCGCCGCCGCCGCCGCCGCAGAGGUCCACGAGCCCCCCGCACCCCCACCCCAAGAACCCAAGACUGCUAAGAAAGGUCCGGACGGCCGCGCGCUGCCCAACAACUAUUGUGACUUCUGCCUGGGGGACUCCAAGACCAACCACAAGACGGGCCAGUCGGAGGAGCUGCAGUCCUGCUCCGACUGCGGACGCUCAGGCCACCCCUCGUGCCUGCAGUUCACCCCGGUGAUGAUGGCGGCGGUGAAGACGUACCGCUGGCAGUGCAUCGAGUGCAAGUGCUGCAACAUAUGCGGCACCUCGGAGAACGACGACCAGCUGCUGUUCUGUGACGACUGCGACCGAGGCUACCACAUGUACUGCCUCACCCCCCCCAUGUCCGAGCCCCCCGAGGGAAGCUGGAGCUGCCACCUGUGUCUGGACCUGUUGAAAGACAAGGCGUCCAUAUACCAGACCCAGACGCUCCCCACGUCCUGAUGGCUCCCUGGCCCCCCCGCCGCA